AUGUAAAACAUUAAGGACAUUCAAAAUGAACUUAGAGGCUCGGCUUUUUCUCAGUUAAAAAUUGAGCUAGAAGAAAUUUAUGCUCAAUUGCAGUGGCUUGAUUGUGAGAAGAAUGAGACUUGGAAACAAUUCAUUAAGGCUCUUAACUUCAAAAUCAAGAAACUCUAUGAUAUUGAUAAUUGCAAUAGUAGAAGAUAAGACUCAAUAAGCAGAGUUGCAUAUUUGAAGAGCUUUUUUGUUAUAAUGGCAAUUGUAUCUCUAUGGUAUAUCUCCCAUAGCAACUAGAUAAUUGAAAAUUUAGCUAGGGAGUUUAAUCUCAAGACUUGGAUAAUGCAACAUUCUAGUACUCAAACCCUCAGAGCUACAGUGUAUAUAUAGAACUUGCUAGACGCUGACUUGCUUAAGCAGGAAAAUAUUGACGGUAAAAUAGUAAUACAAAGGCUUCAGGAGAGAAUUAGAGUUCUGGAGAAGGACAACUCUCAUGUGAGAGGAAAGUGGAAGGAUUUAAAAGCUAAACAUAAAAAACUUGAGGCUGACAAUAAAUUGGAUAAAGAUAAUUAUUCUGAAGAUAUCACCAAACUUCUUUAAGAAAAAACUGAUUUGAGUUUAGAAGUCAAAUAAUUAAGGGAGCUAAUCAGAGAUAUGGAGGACAAAUAUCGAAGGGACAUGGAAGAGAUUCAGCAAGAUCACAUGACUUAGAUCACUCUAUUAGAAAAAGAGAAAAAAGCACUUGAAGAUGAUUUGGAUAAUGUUCAAGCUUUUAAAAGUUAACAAAAGCAAUUAGAUGCAGAACUUUCUGAGCUUAAGGACCUUCUUGAAAAAGAGAAGAAAGAUAGAAUGAAUGAGGUAAAUGAGAAAGAAAGAGAAAAAAUUUAAGCAACAGAAAAAUUGAGAAAGGACAUGCUAUAUAAGAUUAAGGAAACAAAGGCAAACUUAUUGGCUUUGAAUGAUGAGCAGUUAUAAACUACCACAAGAUUAACAAUCCUUCAAAAUCAUUAAUUGACAACAGAACUUGAGUAUCAAUCAAAGCAGACUGAGUAAUUAUUGUAUAAGAACAAUAAGAUGAAGCAAUAAAUAGAAACUCUCAAGAGAGAUAUUGAGAUUCAUAAAGAAGUUGAAAAGGAACUUGCUAAAAGAUCUCACUUCUGCCAAAAGGUCAUUAAAAGAUUGAAAUAGUAAGUAAAAGAGCUUGAACAAGAAAAAGAAGAGACAUAAAAUAGAAAAGCUGGCACAAUGCCUAAGUAAAAUAUGAGAAAUUCAAUGGUUGGAAGUCCCAAAAAGAAUAAGGACAGUUCAAUUGAGGAUUCAAAAGCCAACGAGGAUCUUAUAAAUUUCCUAGAACACAAACUUGAGGAAAUUGAAAAGAAGCUAGCCAACUCAUAGAGCGAUUAUGAGGUAUUGCAGAAUGAUUAUAUGGAACUUCAGGAGAAAAUGAACUUAUCAAGAGAAAAACAUAAGAGAGCUGCCCUCCUGUUGACAGACUUCUUAGAUGACUUGCUCAACGAUAAUCCUAAUAUUCUCCAAUCAGACAAGGACAUGCAUUUGAAUCUUGAUAAAAUUAAGGAGACUCCAAUCGAAUAACUAGAUAAAGAAGAUAAAAUCGCUUUGGUUUUGGUGAUAUUGAAAUAACUCUAACCAUAUCUAAGUGCCAAUAAUUUAUCAGUCGCUCCACCAAAGACUAAUAUGAGACCAUAGCCAUCUCAAUCUUAUACUGGGAAGAGAACAGGUGGAAAUCCUCAUGAUAUGAUGACUGCAAGUGGAGCUGGAGAGGUAGAGCACUUGAAUAAGAUGCUGAAUAAUAUUAAUGUGUAGACUAAGAAAAAUGAGCAUGGCGACAAAUUACCUCCAAUUAAGAGGAUUUGA